CCUUUGCUCUCCUUGCUGGUAAAUCUACUUUCGACUUGAGCGUUAGUACAUCCUAAGCCUUACCUGGCUCUUUAAAUACAGGCAAGCAACCAUGCAGAGCGUUGUUAGGUCGACCGCUCCCGCGGUCUCCAACCCGUUCAUGGGCAACAAGAUGUCUUAUCGCGUUGUGGCGGCUCCGGCGCCUAGCACGACAGCUUUCCGCUCAGUGGCGACUAUGGCCAAGAAGAAGGGUGUGCGACUCAUUGUCACUAUCGAGUGCACCGAAGCCAAGGGGCAGGGUGCCACCCCGUCGCGCUAUGUUACCCAAAAGAACCGCAAGAACACGCCUGAGCGUCUAGAGCUCAUGAAGUACAACCCCUACCUUCGCCGGCACACCCUCCACAAGGAGGUCAAGUAAAAGACGCAGCAGCAGCAGGAGAGCUUUGGUGUGGCGCUGGUGUGACGGCAGCAGCAGAAGCAGCAUCGGGCACGCUCCAAAGUGCAUGCUGCGAGCAGCACGGCAGCGGAUCCAGUAGGGGAGCAGGAGGAGCGCUGAGGAGGAGCUGGGCGCUGCUAGCUUCUGGCUGCUUGCGGCGGGCUGCAGCGGCGGUGUCGGGGUCCCCCCAGAGAGUAGUCAUGGAGAGUUGUGGGUGGCUCUGAAGCCCUCUACGUCCGGUUGUGGAUGUCACAGCUGUGGACGUGUGCACCCGACUGGUGAUGCGGCUCAGGGGGCUUCGCAGGAGGCACGCACGAGGGUUGGGUUGGGUGAGGGGUGGCCUAGCGGCUGGGCAUGCGGGCUUGGCAGCUUGGGGACCUGAGAGCAUGAGGGACGCUUUGCUUCAGCAGGCCAUUAGGGAGGACGUGGAUUGGGAAUAACACGGUGUGUAUGACACCCAUACACAAUACACAGAAAGAAUCACGUAAUGGGGACGGUAUUCGUCUGCUGGGCUGCGUCAGGCGCGGGCGCGAGCUAGGGUUGGUUGCAUGGCGGCGUGUCAUUCCUUGCGUAUUCAGCUGCGAGGGGCGUUCCCGGCAAUUUUGCCUUUUUCCUGUAGCCGGGAGGUCCCUGAGGGCUGUACGACAUGGGUUUUGUUUACACCGCUAAAUUUUGAGAAGUGACGAGUGGUUGUAAGUUUACCGUUUUCUCAACUCCCGGGGAGCAUGUACGGCAAGGUACUACUAGUAGCUAGUUGGCUUCUUCGGAGACGUCGCACCACAUGUUGAAUUUACAUGCAGUCAAUUUAGCUAGGGUUUUACUGAACACAGAACGGUUUCCAUGGACAGCAAUCCCGCACGCCAUGACAAACCCCCCAAACUGGCCAUUGAUCACCCAUGCUGUUAUGAAAAGGCUGCAUGCUGUACUGCCCAGACCGCUAUGUUGCCCCCCCCCGGGUGAACACGGC